AUUAAGCACAUGAAAAUUCAGUGGUGCUUGCCUGGGUUUGAACCCGAAAUCAUCGGUUAAGAUGCACGCGUUCUAAGCACUGGGCCAUCUCGGCUCAUAUAUAUAAUUAUUGCUAAAUGUUAUUGAUCUGUAAAAUUUUAUUUUUUAUCUUACAGAUAGUCCACGACCGGAGCUCAGGCCUCAGGUGGGCCAAAUGAAGUCCAGAACACACGCGGUCACAUGUUCUAACAAUUCAGGAAGAAGUAAACGUAUAAGGACUAUAUUCACGCCAGAACAGCUGGAACGGCUGGAGGCUGAGUUUGAACGGCAGCAGUACAUGGUUGGGCCAGAGAGGCUGUACCUCGCGCAUGCGCUGCAACUAACUGAGGCACAGGUAAAAGUCUGGUUUCAGAACCGUCGCAUAAAAUGGCGGAAGCACCACCUGGAAGUCACCCAGCAAAGGCUAGCUUUGAUGCAGAGGCACAGGACAGAUGAUACGAGCGAUGUGUAGAUAAUAAAAUUAAUUAAACGUAAAACAUUAUCAUGUAAUAAUUGUGUCAGUAGAUGGCGCUAGUUGUAACUACAUAAUACUGCUAACGCCAUCUAUGUUACAAUGAUUAAGCUAUUUUUUUUCUAUUUGUAAAUUUUAUAACCCAUUUUAUUUCGGUUGUUUUUAUGUUACAAUUAUAUAACUAAGUUAUAAAAUAUUUAUCGAAUAAAAAACGUAUAGACUUUAAGCCAACUAUGAUGCAGGCGAAAGGCAAGAGUUUGCUGCUGGUCACAAGUCGGUCUCCAAAACCAAGAUCUUUGAAUGACUUUUCUAAUUUAUAACGGAUUGAAGCACAACGAUGUAAUCCGUCGUUUCUAUAUUUUUUUCUUAUUAUGUUUAAUUUUCUGUAAUCUCAUAGUUAGCACCUACAAUACUCAGCCCGCUGGUUUCAUCAAUAGUGAUUAUUAACAAGUAAUAGUCAUCUCGUUUUAUCAUUGCAUCAACUCAACCCAAACCCAAGCGACCG